AUGAAGUUUGGUCGAAUCGCUCUAGGCGUGGUCGCCUUCUUGUCUUUCAUCCUUCUGGCUGCAUAUCAAGGCUACGUGUACACCACACCCGCGAACGAGCAUGCAGCCGAAGUAGCGAGAAAUUUGACCAGACAACGGCGGAGGACGUAUCUCCAUGACCAUCGUCGCCCAGAGCAGCCGGAUGGCCCACUCUUCGACAUGAUGACCGUCAUGAGAACACCAACUUGUGUAAACUACCAGACCAUUAUGGGAGCUCUGAAGCACUUGAAACCCCAGGGUCUCAGGAGGAUCUAUGUGUCGGUUCCUGGUGAAUGGGUCGAGAGUAUGAGCAGUUUGCACGAAAAUGUCAUCGGAGUGGACGACUCCAAGGCUGUGCCUGGCGUCUCCUACGACAUCAUCGGUAAGGAGCUGAACAAGCAGGGCUACAAUGGUCAGCAGAUGACUUCUGGCCGCCGAAGCACUGGCUGGUAUCUUAUGCAAUUUCUCAAUUUGGGCUUCGGCAUGCGCGACGAUGUGCUGGAUUUUGUUCUCCUCCACGAUGCAGACAUGAUGAUCUUGUCAAACUUUCAGGUGUUUGGCCUCAGCACUUUCACAGGACUUGAUGGCAUCCUACCGACCAUAAACCUCCGGCCAGGAGGAGGGGAUGCACACCAGUACGAGAAGGCGCACAGGUGCCUUCUUCAUGGUGAGAACAUCGAGGACCCACCAGACGGGAGUUCAUACACGUCGCACUCCUGGAUGAGUUACCGGCCCUACAUAACAGAGCUACUGAGCCGUUUCGGCGGGCAUAUCCGGGAUGUUGCAGAAGGUCAGCCUCAACCAUGGCUUAAGCGGAUCGUCGAGUGCAUCGACCAGACCAACCCACAUCUAGGCUUUGGAGAGAUCACCACAUAUCUGUCAUACAAUGUGCGGCACCAUCCCUUGCAAUAUACCUUCGUGCCACUGAUGACAUGGACGCGCCACCCCAUAACUUUAGGGGACCUCGGUGUCAAGAAGAACGGCUUCUGCUGCCCCACUGAGAAGAUGCUACAACGCCACGAACACGAAGGAUAUGAGUAUGUCGGUAUGGAGCUUGGUCAUCCGUGGCCUUUUGAAAAGAAACUGAGAUGCGGAUACACAACCAACGCUUCAUAUCUCUCGGAGGCGUACCCGCCACCGGACCAUUUAUUCUGGCAGAGCCGAAACGUGCGGCUGCAACGGCGCGUCAGAUAA